AAUCACAAAAUCAAAAAUCACUGAGCACGAAAAUCAAUCUUUUUUCCUCUCAAUCUCACUCUAUUUUCCCAAAAAUAAAAAUUAAUUUUUUCUUGGAAAAAAAUUAGAUCAUCUUCCGUUGAGCUCUGUUUCAGCUCAGCUCUGCAACAGUCUUAAAUCUCACUGAAAAUCCUUACUUCAAGCUCUUCUGCUAGUUUAACACUUCAUAGAAGCUUCACUAGCUCUAGAAAAAAAAUCCAAGCUUUUGUUUUUCUGGGUUUUGCGUCCAAGUUUGAGUUUUUUUUUUUUUUUUUUUUUUUUUUUGGAUUUUUCAAAAAAAUUUGAGGUUUUUUUUUUUUUUUUUUUGGUGAUUCAGAUUAACGAAAAAAAUGGAUUUUUGAUGAUAAGCUCAUAGAAAAAUCUGUGGGGUUUAGCUAUGGAGGCAAGUGUUGGGGUCACAGUGGUGGGAUCAGAUGCUCCGUCGGACUACCAUGUAGCUCCGAGGUCCGAAAACCCGGCUCCGGCCGGUGGAUCCGCUCCGGCGGCCCAUGUUGGCGCUCCGCCUCCGACAACGGUGGCUCCGGCGGCGGCGACUCCAGCUUUGCCGGGGAAGAAGAAGAGGGGUCGGCCGAGGAAGUACGGGCUGGACGGUAGCGUCACGAUGGCACUGUCGCCGAAGCCGAUAUCGUCCUCGGCGCCACCACCGGUGAUAGACUUCUCGUCUGAGAAGCGUGGGAAAGUGAAGCCGGCCAGCUCGGUGACCAAGACCAAGUUCGAGGUCGAGAAUAUAGGUGAAUGGGUUGCAUGCUCUGUUGGUGCCAAUUUUACACCCCAUAUCAUCACUGUUAAUUCCGGCGAGGAUGUUACAAUGAAGGUCAUAUCCUUUUCUCAGCAAGGGCCCCGAGCUAUAUGCAUUCUCUCUGCAAAUGGUGUGAUAUCAAGUGUCACACUUCGUCAGCCUGAUUCUUCUGGGGGCACAUUGACAUACGAGGGACGUUUUGAGAUAUUGUCGUUAUCUGGAUCAUUCAUGCCGAAUGAUAGUGGAGGAACAAGGAGCAGAUCUGGUGGUAUGAGUGUUUCAUUAGCGAGUCCGGAUGGACGUGUAGUAGGCGGUGGAGUUGCCGGUCUAUUAGUAGCUGCGGGUCCUGUGCAGGUUGUAGUGGGCAGUUUUCUGGCAGGCAACCAGCAUGAGCAGAAGCCCAAAAAACAGAAACACGAGUUCGUAUCAAUUGCCGCUCCAACCGCAGCUGUUCCGAUAUCUAGCGCAGAUCCUUGGUCCUCAUUGCCACCGGAUUCCAGGAAUAAGCCUACUGACAUUAAUGUAUCUUUGCCUGGAGGGUAGUAUAAUGUGCCUCACAUUGUUGUGCAGUAUGAGGUUGUUACUGACCACAUUGGCAAUCGAACUCAACUCCAUUAGUUGGAUCUCACUUUCCUGUAUUUGUUUGGUCUGUAAACUUAUCGACUAUAUAUUAGCUCCGGCAUGUUGUUUUAUUCUUCCCUUUCUAGGUAGUGUUUACUUUAGUUAGCUGAGUGUAGGCUUUUCUGUUGCUGCUGUUUGUGUCGUGUAGAAUAGUUUGAUGUAAUAUCUACACCUUGACCUGCCUUUCUUCGAGUGAUGAUUGUGAUUUCAAA